AUGACUAGGCUUUUGGAAAGUUCAAAGAACGGAUUUAUGAUCAAUCAAGAAUUAAACUUCAUAAACACAUCGUACACUGCCACGUGGAGAUAUUUAUACAUGAAUCAUCACCAUCAUACAAUGAAGUUUCAUACGGAGAACCAGAAACUGAAGCAUGUUAACUAUGUCUCUGCGAAUACCAAAAUGAGCGAGGAGCUGGUUUCAAACGGUCUUGGAUUCCGCACUGCUCAGGAUGAUGUUUUUACUAUUCUGAAAAUUCCUUUAUUCGGUAGAGCUCUCCGCUUCGUAAUAUUUCUGCCGAACCCCGAGUUCACCCUUGACGAAAGCAUCAAGAAACUCAGUUCCUCGCGAGUCCAGAAUCUCUUCAAUAGUCUUACAGUAUACAAUGUUCACUACAAGAUCCCAUAUUUCCAAAUGAGUUCAACAAUUGACCCAUCAAAACUUCUUGGAUUACAAACUUCAAAGUUUCAUAAAUUUCGAUUCAACUGGAAGAGGCCUUCGGAGACAUAUCUAUACGAGGAAAACGAUGGAUUUAAUGAAUCUUUUAUAAAACGACCACCGGAUAGAACUCCAUUCUAUUUUACUGCAAAUCGACCAUUCUUUUACGCCGUUUUCAAUGAUACUCUUCCAAUUAUUAUGGGUGUUUUUACGGGUACAAACUGUUCUUAA